GACCAGAGAAACUAAGAUGGUUAAGAAUAUGUAUUUGACCUGAGGUGAGCCAAUAGCUAUUAAGGGCUCUGGCCCAUAUUUGGGUGGCACGUUGGGAGUGAGGAAGGCCUAAAAACAAUGAAGGUGACCCCAACAUUGAAGGUGACCUGCUCCAGUAUCUCAAACAAGAGCAAAAGAGGAAUCUGGGGCAGGACUUCCACAUUGAAAAAGAAACAGUCGCACACAUUACAAAAAUGAGAUUUUUGGAUCCUAACUCUCACAAAGGAUCACAAGAUUUAGACUCUGCAUGUAUCCUCUCUUCAAGAGUCUCCACUGCCUCCAAGGUCAUUGCAAUGUCAUUUCCAUUAUUGUUCUCUUUCCACUGCAUAAUUCCCCACCACAGACCCACCUCAUAAGCGUAUGGAUCAGCAACUCAACAUGAGAAGCCGUAACGAGACUGGCGUCAGUCCAGCAAUCCCUUUGAGAAGCUCUUCUGAUAGUAGACAAAGGAUGCAUGGUUCCUCUGACUGUUUGCCCCAACAAAUUGAACUUGGUAAUGUAGUAGAAGGAGACAAGUCAUUGUCAUGCAAUACACCAGACACACAGUUAAGGUCAAACUCGAGGAAGACUCGCAGCAGGGGCAAGAAGAGGGAGGAGAUGGUGCGUCCAUGGAUUGCGGCCACGCCAGUACUUCCUCAACUGCUUCAUUAUGUCAAUACGAGCUUUGAGGCGUGUGUUUUUGGGACGGUUUGAGACAUUUUUUGGCACACAAAGCAAUAUCCACCAAAAAAUUCCCAAAACAACAUGGACUUCGGACUGUCUUAUCUGUUUUGGAAGUCAGCAGUUAGCCUCUCCUGCAGUUUGGGUGGCCUCAGCCUGCCUCUGCGCUCCCCGCCCAAACCACCACUGACCUGCCCAAAGGAGAUUAGGUUUCCGCUCUCUCCAUAUUCAUCAUCCAGCCAACAUGAAUUUUUUAUGUCUCUCAUGUCUGACACAGACCACAAAAACAUAUUUUUGAAGGUACUUCUGUGUGAUGAUUUACAAGACAAAUAAAAGAUGUUGUAAGUAAUAGUGUGGAUAUCGAAAGUUUAUUUUUUUGUCUACGGCAUAUGGUAACAGGCCACGUGGCAGUGUUGUAUUGGUCUUCCAAGACUACAUCAGCAUAUGUCAAAUCAGACAUUUUUUGCGUCCAGGCAGAUUUCUGUCGGUCUGUCUGUCUGGCACAGAUUGCAUGCACACAAUACAGUACUACAAGUCUCAGGAGAACCGUUCUCUUCUCUUCCUCAUAGUCCAGAUCGGAGCAGCUGACAGCUUCGACUGGGUCCAGCAAAAAAAAAACAUCUAAAAGGGCCCCCCUCUCAACACAUAAAAUAUAAUGGAUGCCCGGUGCGCGACCCCCUCUCUCCCUGGGCCCAGGACAACUGACCCCUUUAUCCCCCCCAGUCAGUAGGCCUAGUCCAGAUGAGGUGUCUGGAUCGGAAGCGUUUUAACCCGGCUGCCGUGGGUCUUCAUCCAACGCAUCUGCUUCAUUGAAUUUUUGUUGGUCUUUUUGGGCCAUAUCCGAUCGGUUGAAAUGUUCCCAAUCGAGCGCUUCCCCCCCCCUCUAACACAUUCUCUGGAUCUCUGUUCAUUUGUCUGCUGUUCUCUGGCACUAAUUUGUGUCAGUUUUCCUCGUACUCUUUCAGGACUAACUGCCUGUUCGAACUGACUUUGACUCACUCACAGCUUCUGAAUGUCUCUUCCUUCUCUGUGUUCUUCGUUCCUCAUACUGUGUGACAUGGUCCUGUACUUACACCACUAAUUCAUUUGGUAACACCUGAUGGCCCGGUUUGCAUGUGAAAUUCUACUGAAAAGUUCAAUUUACUGUGCCCCGGGAUACCCUAUCAUAAGAACAUGAUCUAUUUCUUCAUAUAUGCAUUUUAUACACUUACUAAUUUUUCGGAUAUACAAUGUGUUAGUGGAUAAGGGGUUAUAUUGUACAUGUGCAUGCAAACCUCAGGCAAGGUGUUUCCAAAUUGUGAUGUUGAAAUUGAUUGUUACCAUUUCCUGACAAUUCAUCGUUUGUUUGUCUAACCACUAAGGGCAAAUGUCUUCUCUUGUCCUCUUCUUUUCUCUUUUUCUUGCAACCCAUUUCUCCCUGUCUUCACCACAUGUGCUUGUCCCUCUUCAACUCCUAUAUGCAUCCAUCCUUCUCUAUCCCUCUGCUAUUCUCUCUCUCUAUCUCUCUCUCUUCCUCCCUCCCUUAUCCUCGACCAUGUUGGAUCCAUAUUGCCUUCUCCACCCUCCUCCUCCCUCGCCUAUUUGCCCCGCCUCCCACUCCGUCCCGGCCCCCUAAUCAGAGUUCAAGCCAUUCCAAGGAGGACUCCGAGGAUUCUGAGCUGGAGAGCAUCAUUGGUCAGAGUCAGCAGCAUCAGCACCACCACCACCACCACCACCACCAUCAGCAGCAUCACCAUCACCCCCCGAGAGGAGAGAACAAUCCUUUCUACAGCCACCACCAGCACCAGCACCAAGCAGGGGCCGGUGACCAUGACAGCGAGAGCGAGGGCCACGAGAGCCCCGCCACCCCUGGGACGCCCACGUAUUUGCGGCCGUGCACGGCGUCCGGUCGGGGCGGCGGACCCUUCGAUGGGGUGCCCCCUCCACCAAGGCCGCCGCGGGGCCACGUGGACUUUGGCCUGCCGUCGCCCGUCAGUCCCUCGCGGCCCAAGAGCCCCUGGGGCCGUUACGACCCCUAUGAUGCCACAGAGGACCAGGAUAAGGAGUAUGUGGGCUUUGCAACGCUGCCAAACCAGGUGCAUCGCAAGUCUGUGAAGAAGGGCUUCGACUUCACCCUCAUGGUGGCAGGUGAAUCUGGUCUUGGAAAGUCCACUCUUGUCAACAGCCUUUUCCUCACAGACCUGUACAAAGACCGGAAGCUGCUCAACGCUGAAGAGAGAAUCACUCAAACGGUAGAGAUCACAAAACACACAGUGGACAUUGAGGAGAAAGGCGUCAAACUGAAACUGACCAUCGUCGACACACCAGGUUUCGGAGAUGCCGUUAAUAACACUGAAUGCUGGAAGUCCGUGGCCGACUACAUCGACCAGCAGUUCGAGCAGUACUUCAGGGACGAGAGCGGCCUGAACCGCAAGAACAUCCAGGACAACCGCGUGCACUGCUGCCUCUACUUCAUCUCCCCCUUCGGACAUGGUCUUCGGCCCCUGGACGUGGAGUUCAUGAAGGCUCUUCAUGAGAAGGUGAACAUCGUGCCUGUGCUGGCCAAGGCAGACACGCUCACCCCCACCGAGGUCAAGAAAAAGAAAAUCAAGAUUCGAGAGGAGAUAGAACAAUAUGGUAUUAAGAUCUACCAGUUCCCCGACUGUGACUCGGAUGAGGAUGAAGAUUUUAAACAGCAGGACCAGGAGCUUAAGGAUAGCAUCCCCUUCGCUGUCAUCGGCAGCAACACGGUGGUGGAGGCCAAGGGGAGGCGGGUGCGAGGACGUCUGUACCCCUGGGGCAUCGUAGAAGUGGAGAACUCGGCGCACUGUGACUUUGUGAAGCUGCGGAACAUGCUGGUGCGCACGCACAUGCAGGACCUGAAGGACGUGACCCGGGAGACCCAUUACGAGAACUACCGCGCCCAGUGCAUCCAGAGCAUGACGCGCAUGGUGGUCAAGGAGCGCAACCGCAACAAACUGACCCGGGAGAGCGGCACCGACUUCCCCAUACCCAAUGUGCCCGGCGUGGCCGACAGCGAGACGGAAAAGCUCAUACGAGAGAAAGACGAAGAGUUACGACGGAUGCAAGAGAUGCUGACGAAGAUUCAGGAACAGAUGCACACGCAGAAAGAGGCGUAUUAACCACGGCAUCCCCCACCCACACACACACACACACACACACACACUCCUCUACACUUCCACUGUUUACCUGCCAAGCAACAGCCUAGUUGUAUCAUCACCCAUAGUCAUACUGUAGUACACAGUACAAAGUUUUGGAGUGUUAGCUUAACACUGACGGUGUUGAUUCACAGGGCAACUUUUUGAGCAGUGUCUCUGGGCAAUGGCACUAUACAGAACAAUGCCAUUUGGAUUGUUUAUCACUAUAACACUUUCAUCAGGAGAAUUUGGAAUAGUCAAAAAAAUAAAUAAUUGUCUUCCGCUGAUGCAUCGGAAAAUUAGAGACCAAUAGUGUUGUUGCCCGGCUCAAACAGUUGCACUGUGUGUCAUUACCUUGUAGAGAGUUGAAUUUAAAUCUCUAAUAGUUGAUUCUGCUCUCUGAAGUGUUCAUUCUAACACUCGAAAUCUACUGUUUAGAUUCAUAUACAGUAUGUCUAUGGCGUCACCCAUCAACCCCAGAGACUUUUUGCCACCUUCUCCUCCUCUUCCUCCUUCAACGCCUUCUACUUCCUCCUCACAUGUCACCUCCGUGAUGAUGUCUUACUAACCCAACCCACGUGAGGUGAGCCGGUGGACUGAUGAGAGUAGUUGAAACACAUAGACACACAGGGCCACUGACAGCUUUGGCUGGGCCCAGGACCAAGUCAGUUGAACGGGCCACCCAGACCUAAUACAUAAAAUGUAAUGAGGAGUCUAUUGUGGGCCUUUCUCCAUGGGCCCGGGACAAGUGAGCCCUUUGUCCCCCGUUGACUUUCCUGCAUAGGCAUACUCUGUCUAUGUCUACUGAAUGAGUUGAUGUACUGUACAUAGUGUAUGAACUAGACAUGACUGUUAGAGUGUCUAUCUAACUUCCACUCAUGUUGUGCAUUGAUGACAGAUGCUAAAUAUCCUCCAUUGUACUGUAGGUUACCAGUAACUUCCACCACACUCAAAAGCAUGGGAUCAAUCAGUUCAAACUAUGUAUGUUCGUUCAACGAAACAAACCUGUGGAUACAGUCAGUUUAUGGCCUAUACAUUUACAAAAACAAUGUAGACAAGAGAUGGCUGAAACCACAUGAACCACUGUAAGUACAGUAGUCUUUUUCAGUGAUGUUCUUGAUUAUUAUAUUAGUGGCAUGUCCUGCAGAAGAAACCAAAAACAAAAAAGGUAAUUUACAAUAUCUGACUAUGUUGAGUGAUGGUUGCAGGUCAGUUACAGUCUAUGGGGAGUUGUUGUUGAUAGACAAUGCCUCUUUACCACUAUCAUUUUUCUGGUAGGCCUACAGCUCAACACGGCGCAACUCGGCCGCCACUCUUUGCUUUACAAUUGAGCUGUGUUGUGCCUAUUAGAAAAGCAAAAAGUGGCGGUCAAGUCACGCUGUGUAGAACUGUAGGCCUGCCGGAAACCGGCAGUGGAAAAGAGCCUUAAGUUUGUAGUGUUAAUUUAAGACUUUGAGAGUUGAAUUUAACACUCACUUAGUCCUGCUCUAAGUGUUGAAUUAACACUCCAAAUUGUACUGUGUAGUGAUUACAGAAGGUUGAAGGUUGGCUUUUCCAUCCUGUUACAGUUCUCUAGCUUUCCCGUGUUGGUGUCGGCACAAACGUAAUUCCCAAGACUAUUUUGUAAUAGCUUGUUCAAUGGAAUGAAUACAUACAUACAUAAUUAUUUAAUUAUUUUCUACAAAUGUGAUAAGAUUUGUUUGUAAACUUUUUUUCCCUUUUUUAAACAAAUAUACAAUAAUAUUGUCAUGUUCUGUUUUGGCUUACUUCUGUUUAUACGUAUUCCGUCAUAAGAUAAGAGGAUGACUGCUUCUUUUUUUGGCUGAAUAGUUUUAUUUUCUUAUCAACACAAAAAUGAAGUACUGUAGAACAAUAUUGUAGGCUAUUUUUCAUGGUAACUCGUAUUCAUGAACAUUGUCCUGUCUAUACAACUAAGAUGUUGAAUGCCUUGAAUUUUUUGAUGAGCCCUGUGACUGUUCUUAUCAACAAGGGGUUAAAUAUCCUACACUUGUUUGAAUGCAGGCUGAUAUAUGCAUGGCAGGGAUGUCAUGGGUCAAUUAUUAUUUUUUAUUUUUUGUGUGUUUUGGCCAUUUAUAAAUCCUUACUGAGUCAUUAUGAGCUAAAGCUUCUUUUUUGUAAAUAUUUUCAUAAUUACUGCCCUCAGGUCGUCUGAAGAAAGGGUCACUGUGCAUAUUAUGGGUAAACGCUAGUCACAGGCUACAGGCUUUUUAUUUGUUUGUUUGUCUUUGGGUUUUUUGUUUGUUUUGUUUUGUUUUCAUCCCUUCUUGUCCCAUAAAGUUUGUUUUAUUUCCGUUUCUAUGCUAAUUUAUUUUAAUCAACAUUAUUUCUUACAAAAAAUAUAUGCAAUGGGACAUUAUUAUUAAUGGGAAAUUAUUGAUAAUGCAAUUUGAAAGCAAAUUGAAAAAAAAAUAGGCAUUUGUGAUGAUCACAAUUCAUUUUUGGUUUCCCUUUAAAUUGGCCAGUAGAUAUGACCAUAUUUGUACUUCCUGACCCCGUGUUGAAGUGGUCAUUGAAACUUCAGUUUUUGCCAGUAGCUUACAGAUCUGGGGUACAUUGCUGGAAAGCGUAGUUGCUAACUAUGUUAGCUACUUUGUUGGUUGCAAUGCAAUUUUCCAUUGGCAACUACCGAAGUUGCUAACUGCUAACAACUACGUUUUCCAGAAAUGCACCCCAGCUUUCCAUUGAAGUAUAAUUAUGCUUUUUGUAAUGUUUUUUUUAAGGAGGUUAAUGACAUGGCCACAGUAAGUAAGGGUCAUUAACAGAACUUCUUUUGGAGGUCUUAUUUUCCUGAUGUAUCAUAUUUUGUUUGUGUAGCUACUUUUUUUAACAUACUAUGUUGAUCACAAAAAGACGCUGUUUUACAUUAGGUGUGUCUCCCUUCUUGAAAAGGUGCUUUCCUUUCAGCGAAUUACUUGUAGGACUGAGCUCACCUCUGGUCCCAUAUUUUGUAUCAGUGCCAUAUUUACUACAUUUGCAGCUGUUCAUGCACUUGACCACUGAGCUAUGAGUGUUAAAGCUAAUGUCUGCAGAAUAACAUAACAUGAAGGUGGAUGAUAUUCGACUCAUGAUGUCACAAAAUUCUCAACAUAUUCUAUUGCAUUGUUUUGGUAUGCGUCAUACUUUUUAGUUGUUGGUUUUAGAAUUUCUUUCAGAAAUGAUUUGAUUAGAGUUCCUUAUUUCUUUCUUUCUUUUUUUACCGAGAUGAGUUUUCCCAUUUGUUACAGAGCAAACUGCAUUGAUAUAUCUUAUUAUUUGGCUUAACAAAUACAUCAAAUAUCCUUUUUUAUCUUCUCCUUUUUUGGAGCUGAGCAAAUGCAUGGCUCACCUUUUUUGUUUGUGUUUUUUUUCUUAUUCACUUCAUGGAAUAGAAUACUGGUCAAAUGUGUAUGUAUUUUGAGAAUAUUAUGAAAAGUCAAUGUAUGCAAAACCUUGACCAAAUGUCUAAUAAAUUAUUACAUGUUAGAAGUGGAUUAUACUGUGAUCAUUCCAAUCCAAGUCCAUUCCAAGUCCUCCUGUUAAACCUCCACCUAUG